GGCUCAGUCUCGGCUCGUCCGGGCUGAAGGCAACACGGUUGCGCAAAUCAUCGUCACGCGAACGAUCCGAGCCCCGGGAGACGUUCUAAAGAUAGAAAACUGGAACCGUGACCACGAGAACGUGUUGGAAAAUCGCGAUAGGUCCUUGGAAGCCGCGUUGGAAACCGCGAAUGAACGGCUCCGCCGACAGCAGUCGCGCCUACUCGGAACGAAGAACGCACGUACAGGCACAUGCGGAACGAAAACUUGCUCCUCUGGGAAAAGGAUGCGUCGCUGAAGAUACUGGCGCGCGCUAACCAUAUAUCCUCUCGGCUCUCUCUUCCUUCGAUCGGAACGAGGAAGAGGGAACAGAAUGCAGAAGCAGCGCACCGCUGACCGACGAGCCAGGACCUAUUUAAAACAAGGGAAGGACAAUCGUAGCUCGUGGCUUGUAAAUCGUGCGAAUCGAUUCGGUUGACGGUUCGUCGGGAAUCGGAGAAACCGUGUUUCAUCCAUCCACCAGUAUUCCGCCGCGGUCGUUCUGCUAGAAUAUUUCGACAAGGCAUCGUUGCAUUCGAUGCAGCCGAAGAAAAGACUCGAAAGAACCGUGGUUCGUUGUUACUUGGUGAUUCGUCUUGACAUUCGCAGAAGAUAAAGCAUAUUGGAGAGGAGAAGGAGGAGGAGGAACGAGUUUCCCGUUUUUCACGUGUAUCUUAAAUGAACUUUAAAUGAAAAAUUAUCAACAACGGAGACCAGCAGGAGGACGAAUGGAUUUGAACUUUUCGCUUAAACGUAACAGUUUCGAUUUCGACGACGACGACGACGACGACGACGACGACGACGACGACUACGGUAACUUCGAAUGGGACGCCAGCGAUCGAACGACACGUUGCAUCGCAUCGAUUAUUCGUAAAGUGGUAACCAAGUGGUGAGAAGCGAGGGAUUAUAAAUGACUAGCCUUUUUCUUGAUACGUUAAAUCCUUCGGGGCAAAAAUCCAGUGAAACGCUUGAACGCGAGUGAUUCGAUGAAACCGUGGGAAACCAGCUGGUUACCCGCCGCUUGAUUAAAGUUUGCUCGUCCGUUUUUCGGCCGGAUUGAUUCCGGUGCGGUGUCCGUAGAUUCGAUGGUCGAAGCGAGUCGAAGAUCAACGAAGCUUCGUACAGGGUUGAAGAUUUUUCCCGCUCGAUCCGGCCAAAUCUACUAAUUGUUCCCCAAGGUAAAACUCUAUUCCCGAGGAAGAAAGGAACGGAUCACCGAUACUCGACAUGGGCUGCGAACUCGGCAAAUUGGCCACACCGAAUCAACCUACCACGGACCCACGGCUUCCGUUAACAGCGAAACAGAAAUUUACGGUUAUGGCCAGUUGGAAAGCGGUCUCCAGAAAGCUAGAAACGACCGGUGUCUUUAUGCUCAUGAGGUUGUUCGAAGAAAACGAGGAAUUGGUGCAAAUGUUUUCGCGUUUUCUCGACUUGAAAUCGAAAGAGGAGCGCUUCGAUAUGGUAGAAUUGGGCAAACACGCGGAAAAAGUAAUGGCUGCUUUGGACGAAGGUAUCAGAGGACUCGACAAUAUGGAUGAUUUCCUCACCUGUCUUCAUCAAGUCGGAGCCACGCAUACAAAGAUUCCUGACUUUAAUCCACAGUACUUUUGGAAAAUCGAGCAACCAUUCUUAGAAGCCGUGAAGCGAACUUUAGAAGAUCGAUACUCGGAGAACGUGGAGAGCACCUACAAAGUGACGAUCAAAUUCAUCAUCGAAACGUUAAUCGACGGUUUCGACAAAGCUCAGAACGACAAAGCGCAAAGCGGCACUGCUAAAUCCUAGUCGUCUUAGCCUUUUCGUUUGUAAGGAAGAAAAAUGAUUUGCCGAUUCGCUGAUCGCUUUUUCUAUCGGCAGUCGUAGUUUUCGAGAAGAAACCGAGGUUCGAAAGCAAUGAGAUCGAUACCAUCAAUGAGAACGAAUAAAUCAGCCGAUGGCGCGAUCGUUCGUUUGUUCCAAAGUAUGUAUCAAAAAAAGUAUGUAUGUUUCUCCGGAUUCUCUGAUCCGCGAUGUGCGAUCGGUACGAUCGAACGUAUUCGAUGGAAGCGAGACAGAGAUAAAUCUUUGUGUAACUUUUUCUUUACAGAGGCACAAACGGAUGGAUGCCCUAUGGGUUGUAGUUAGGUUUGAAAUCUUUUUCCUUCGAGCAGGUCUCGGACAUGGAAAAUGCAUAAUUCGUAAGAAAUGGCUAUAUGAUUAUCGUAUCUCGUUCACUCUCUUGACGGCCAAAGAAAACAGAUAACGCGUUCUCGUUUAACGUUUCUGCAAACUUGCAAGUUAGCGGAAGACAACUUGUCUCUGUUUAAUUAUUCGUAUCGGUCGAACACGAGAUCCCACAAUCUCCUCUCGCGAUCAUUCAUAUACACGUACGUAUACUUGUAUUAUUAUAUACGUAUAUCGUUAUAUACGUAUUGACGACAUAACGCGUACAUGUUUGAACACGAUACGAAAGUUUCGGGAUGAAAUGGUUCGGGAGGUUGUAAAAGGGAGCAAAGAUUCUACAAAAAUAGCGUUACCUUAUUAUUCGAUGGCCCCUCGCUUCGCCGCGCUAUCGAUUAUGGAAUUUCAGCCAUGUAUAUAUAUAUAUGGUACACACGUAUCAAGGAUCGUUUCAAACCGAAUUGACUGCCAGCAAUUACGAUUAGCGGUUACUCACGUGCAAAAGUUUCUGCGAAAUAUUUAUUCACGAAAACACCCGAGUACAGAAAUCUGAAACUUAGCUCUGUCCAACUUGUACAAGUUAAAAGAAAAAAAAAAAAAAAAAGAAAGAGUAACGCAACCAGAAAUGGACAAUCGUCGAUUUAGUUUGAUCGUUUCCGUUCAGUUUUUGCGAACAAUCUGAAUAGUCGAUGAAUCACUCGAUAACAUAAUUAAUACAAGACAAUAUCCUUGCGCGAGAAUUUUAUUAUCACCUAACUUUAGAUUUUAAAUAAAUUUAAAUAUCUCUCGAAUAUCAUAUAUCUAUAUUUUAUAUUUUACAUCGUACAUUAUAUACGAUAUUUUAUAUCUUAUGAGUAUAAAACAUACUUUUUCUUUUUAUAUUAGAUACAGAGUAACGAAAUUAUAAUUUCUAGGAAAACGAGAAACCCUUGAACAAAGUUCUUUGCUCGUUAAUGCACGUAUUAGUCAGGGAGAAGGCAAAGAUAUUUUUUGCUAUCGAAUUACAGGACGAAGUUACGCGCUUUAAGAAACUCUAAGAAACAGGUGAAAAGAUAAUUACCAGAAAAUUGAAACAUGGAAGUUUAGCAGAAUGAGAGUAUACGUAAUACGUAAAUAAGUUAACGAUGUUAAAUGCGAAUAAUUCAAUUUCGGCAAGAAAUAAGCUUUUAAGAAACGACGAAGUAACGUGAUAUUAACAAAAACAUGAUAAUUGGUACACGGGCGAUAUAUCCUAAACAUCCUAACCAUCUCUAUUUCUCGUAUCUUUAUAUCUUUACAUCCUUCUCCUUCUUUCAUAAUUUUCUCUUUCCUUUAAACCUAUUUAUCCUCUUACAGCUGUAUCGUACUUUGCUUGACUUAAAAAUUCAUCGAAAAGGUUUACAACGGUUUAAAAGGUUUAUAAUUAAAGAUAGCUCAAACGCAUCCGAAGCGAUUUCACAUACACCUCUGGCUGUCGAUAGACCCUCCAUGACUGAUACAUGACCGAUACCAGAAUAGUGGUUACCUUGAACCAAUCCAAGUCGAUCGUUGCUUUUAUUUACGAGAACCUUGGAUCACAUAAAUCACGCAGGACACGUCUCUAUCGCUCGUGAUACGAAAUAGUCGCAACGUGAGACCAUAUAUUAUGAGAGAAAUCAUACGACACGGGACAUAAGAAAUUCCUUUCGGUCCAACGGAAAAAUAUAUCUUUCUAUUAAUUUAUUUCGAUCCAUGAUUCGAUCAACUAUACGCGUAGAUAUAAAAAGGGAAAAGUAAAGGUAAAGGUAAUUCGAAGUGGUAAGGUAAUCACGGGUAAGAAUAUCAAGUUCAACCGGUUUCAAUUACUUUCAGCGAAUCUUUCGUUGCCCUUAUACGUGUAUAUGCGAAAGUAAAGAAAUUAACGUUACAGAGCGUAUCGUCUCGAGACUUGGAAAUACGAAUUAUCGUAAAAUGGAAAAAGCUUUGGUAUUUGCGUACCACGAACCAUAUAUUUCACAUACGAGAUAUAUACACGUACACACGUUCGAUGGGGAAUUGCGAAUCGUGUUUCGUUAUAUCUGCCACAGCCAUACACAGCUGUCGUUGAUUCGUGUGUCGCAGAGCGUUUCAAAGUCGCCUCGUUACAAGCGACAGCAAUAUUGGAAAGUGCUGCAACGGAUAACAAAGAAAUCGAUAACCUGUAUUCUCUGAAAGCACAGAAUCCCAUUAGGCCGCUCAUAAGCAUAACGAGACGCAAUGGCAGACGCGUGCGUGCAAGAUUAUCGAUAAGUGGUGCGAUUGCAACUCGAGAUUAGCUUUCCCAAAAUCCGAUCUAUCGGACCAUAUUCGGCUGGUUUGGACAAACGAACCAGCGGAAGAUCGAUCGAAUCGAUGCGUAUGAAAAUGCCGAUAAGUCGCUGUUAGAAUGGACCAACCUUUUCAGAUUAGAUAUAUCAUCGAAAAUAACGAUUACAAUUAUCGCGAAAACUAUUGCUAUGCUUACGAUCCAAAGUGUUGGCAAAUAAAUGACGCACUUUUACGUUUUUAGUCACUGCGGCUUUCAAAAUAACGUUCCAACUGUUGCUCCGAUUAUUCCACGCGGUUCUACCAUACACGGUCUCUUUCUUUUCUUUCUUUUUUUUUUUUCUUUUUUUUUUCCGAAACGCGUAUUACACGGUGUUCCGAACCGCGAUCGCAAGAAAAUUUGCGGCUCCGUCUAUUCGAUUAUAUCGAUGCCUUAUCGUUAAUUUCACGAUGUAGCUAUCUCUAUCGAUGGGUUAUAAAAAUCGUCACCUGUAAAAUUUCUCCACCGUACGAAACAACGUUUCGCUCUGUGUACACGUAUAUACUUACGUAUAUCUUUUACGUACGAGUUUAACUCGCGUCGAUCGAUUCUCGCCUUAUCCCACUUAUCUCGAAACUUCUAGCUUAAAGUGCAUAUUUUAUUUAUUAACAGUUUGAAUUACGAAUGUUCCAUUACUUUCGUGAACAACUGUGGAACAUGCGUUGAUCGUCUUAAGACUCGUAUUGUUCGCAACUCGGUAUACAAAGAGUAAGUAAAUCGAGGCACACGAUACAAUACAUGCGGUGUGUAUAGUUACGGUUGUUUGGAGCAUCUAUUUUCGAAAUUAAUCGAGACAGGUUACUGUACGUCGAAAACUCGUAUAUGUAUUACAUGGUAGAAUAAUAUUGUACUAUUAUACGAUCCCGCAAUAACGUUGCACUUAUCCCCCUAUCGUGCAUUACCAUUUUACGAAAUUACAAAUUCUUAGUAGCUUUUGUGUAAAAAAAAAUUGUAUUCAUUAAUGUACAAUGUUAAAAGUUUAAAAAUGCAAUGUAACAUUUAAUCAUACCGAAACAAUGCAAAAUAUCUAUUUAAAACAAACAAACAAACACACACACACACACACACAUGUAAAAGCGUACCGUACGUACCGUACCGCUUAUUCUACAUUUGCCUCUAUAAAUAUUACACUAUUUUUUCUAAUAACAAAAUACGAAACAGAUUAAUUAUUUCUAUUCCUGAAGCAAUAGUUAAUUUUCUACGAUUCACGUACAACGUGUAGAAACGCAAAUUUGAUAACUCUCAAGAGCGAACCAUGCGAAUUUAAAGAAAACCAUUACAUUACGUCGAUCGAAGGAACAAUUUAGAACGAGAGAAUUGUAAUACAAGUAAGUAGCAAUGAAUAAAAAGAUUCCCAAUAAAACUCGACAUCCAGAGAUUGCAGAUUUAUAUACCUAUAUAAUAUAAUAUGUGUAUAUGUAACGAUAAUAUUAUAUUGUAUACAUAUAUUCAUUUCUAUACGAAUAAUUAUUUUCUACGAAUUCUCGAUUACUUCGUUAUGCAAAUUGUAUUUAUCUCGUAGAAAGUAAUUCAACGGCCAAGCGUCAUUGGUAGCGAAUUAACGAUACCUUGAAAAUUCUAUAAUCGAUUGAGAAGCAAAAUAAACAUCAGUGUCUCCCCUA